GGAGAUUCAAGUCUUGGGUAUAUUCUCAGAUUGUCAAGCUCACAAUGAGUGAGUCCACCCGAGCAACAUGACCCAGUUUGGAUAUUUGAUAUGGAUUUUCUUCUCUUUGUGGGGGAAUGUGUGGACUCUACCUCAUGUGAUGAUGUAUAAAACAGUGACUCCUCAGAAGCUGAACAAUUCAUCUCACAUCAUCAGUGAUGCUGCCACCCAUCAGAUAUACCCUGAUGUAUUGCAGUACUCUCUGAGGAUUGCAGGACAAAAUUGCACAUUACACCUGGAGAGAAACAAGGAACUUAUUGGAAAAACCUUCUUGGUGACACAUUAUUCCGAGCAAGGCGUCCAGCUAACAACAAAACCUGCUCUUGAGAAUCACUGCUACUACCAUGGACACAUUGUGGGAGUGGAAGACUCUUCUGCCAGCGUGGAACUGUGCUCAGGAAUAAAGGGGUUUGUACGCCUGCAGGACCAAACGUACCUGAUAGAACCCCUCGCCAGCACAGCAAGUGAACAGCAGACUGACAGCGGGGCUGCUAAAGUUUACAGCGACAAGGGGCUUCAUGCUGUGUACAACUACAAACACCUGAGAAGGAAGAGGAGCUCCUGUUCCCAUGGAAACACAACCAUGUACUAUGAUCACGGAGCCCGUCCGUCUGGACUGUUCCAGCUCAGCAAUCUGAGAAGCAGAGCCCAAACCAAAGACAAAGAAAGAAAACCAAGAACAGUGGAGCUUGCUGUCGUGGUCGACUACAAGGAGUACAAGAAGUUUGGCAGUAAAAAGAUUGUGGAGGCCAGAGUGCUUGAAAUAGCAAACCACGUUGACAGGCUCUAUCGACCUGUAGGCAUCCGUGUGAUGUUGGUGAGUCUGGAUAUCUGGUCAUACAAAGAUCAAAUAGAGGUCAGCACCAACCCGGAGCAAACCCUCAGCCGCUUUCUUGAGUGGCGCCAGCGGAGCCUCCUGCCUAGAACUAAACAUGACAAUGCACAAUUCAUCACAGGAGUGGAUUUUGAAGGCACUACUGUUGGGUUGGCCAACACAAAUGCAAUGUGCACCUCUACCUCGGGGGCGGUCAAUGAGGAUCACAACAACAAUGCAGUAGGAGUGUCUUCCACCAUUGCCCACGAGAUGGGUCACAACCUGGGCUUAUCUCAUGAUACUGAAAACUGCAUCUGUGGUUCUUUGACGUCAAAAAAAGGCUGCAUCAUGGCUGAGAGUGUUGGUGUUGUGUAUCCAGAGUUGUUUAGCAGCUGCAGCCAGCAGCAGCUCAGCAGGUUCUUGGCGGAGGUCAACCCAGCUUGUUUGCUGGAUACGCCCUCUACUGAUCGUAUUUAUGGGGGGCCGGUGUGUGGCAAUGCCUUCCUGGAGCCUGGAGAGGAGUGUGAUUGUGGGACUGUGGAGGAAUGCAAGAAUCCCUGCUGCAACGCUACUAACUGCAAACUUAACGCUGGAGCCCAGUGUGCUGAGGGUGAAUGCUGCCACGACUGUCAACUGAAAGCAUCAGGCAGCGUCUGCCGGCCAAGGACAGGAAACUGUGACUUGGCAGAAUACUGCACUGGACUGUCCGCCUCCUGUCCUCCUGACGCCUACGCCCAGAAUGGUCUGCCGUGCAACCGUGGGAAAGGAUACUGCUACAGUGGAAAGUGUCCAUCACGACAGCAACACUGCAAGAGGCUAUGGGGGCCAGAUGCUGAAGUGGCUGCAGAUGCUUGUUUCUUCCAACAUGGAGGCUGCAGAAAGACCUUUUUUAGCCAAAGAUGUUUGGGAAAAGAUCAAUCAUGCGGGGCACUUUUCUGCUCUGGAGGAUGGGAAUUCCCAGUGACAUCGAGGAAGUCGUUCUACAGAGUAGGAAAUGAGGAAUGCAAUGAGGCAACACUGAAUCCUGAAGACAACUACCCUGCAGAUUUGGGCAUGGUGCCAACCGGAACCAAGUGUGGCAACAACAUGGUAUGCUACAAUCAAAAGUGUCAGGACAUCAGAACCAUUAAAGCGUAUGGAACCAAUGACUGUUCGGCCAAAUGCAACAACCACGGGGUUUGCAACCAUGAGAGCAAGUGUCACUGUGAUCCUGGCUGGGCUCCACCUUUCUGUGAUGUGCUGGAAUCCGACCUUCCAGGAGGAGGUGGACUGGUGCUUAUUGUCUCGCUGGCUGUAGGCUUGCUCAUUCUCUUAGUCCUGCUCAUUGGAGGCUUCAUGUGCUGCAGUCGGACCAGACAACCUGCAAAGAGAUGCCUCCAGUCUACCUCAGGACAGACAAAUCCAUUGUUUCGCUCAGGUGUUGCACGGGGCAGCCCUCAUCUUCGCACCACAGCUAUCAGCCAGCCGACGUUCGUGGAAUCUUCGGCAAACCGAGUCUGUACACCGCUGUCAUGCACCACGGUUAGACCAUCCUGUGUGGCGUUCAAGCCUUGUAGAACAGCCCCCGAGCCCCCCAGAACUGUACCUCAGCCAUCCAAGAUCCAACCGGACUUAAAGCCACUCUUGCAACCACCAGCUGUGCCAACCAAGCCAGUCUACUCUGAGGCUCGGCCACUACCUCCAUCCAGACCUCUACCGCCUCUUGCGUCAAAAACAGUCACAAAGACUAAACCUCAGACGCCUCCAGUGAAGCCAAAGCCCACGGUUGUCCCUGCCCCGCUUCCUCAUACCCAGCUGCUUGCAGGGAGAGCUGCCCUCAUUCCACACAACAGGCCCAGAUGACCGAGGGGAAAAACUCACAGUUCCUCCGACAUUGAUGAUCUUAUCUCACCUACAAGGACUUAAAACAGCUCUCAGGAGACCUCAGGUCUGGGGUUCACGUGGGUACGAGAUGCAGUGGAGGAUCAACAAGAAAGAUACACAAACAGGACUUUUUUUCUCUGCACCAUGAGGAUUACCGCCGUCUGCCUUGCUUCUUUUUUUAAAUGAAAACCUGAAAACUGUGAUUGACACGUUCAACUCUUGUGUGCUACACGACAAAUGGCUAUGCCGCCAUGAUGAUGAUGUAUUUGAAGGGAAACGUCUUUUCCUCGAUCCUGAGAUAUGUGAACGCUUGAUGACAAAAAAAUGCACUGCUGAUGCCAUAACUCUUUUGAUUUAUUAUCACAGCCACACAUUGUUUUGGUACUGCCUUUCCAAUAAGUUGUUUAGGGAUUUUCAAAUGUGGCACCAACGUGGGCACUUUAAAGACUUGAUUAUGAAAGGACAAGAACACAGAACAUAUCUGUUAAGGAACUGUAUGGAUUUGUGUAUGAUGGUUAUUUUUUCUCAUAUUAAUACACAUGUCAAGGGAUUUUUAUAUUGUGCAAUCUAUGCAGCAGUCAUCAUCACGCUGUCCCUUGUUUGACAAUUCAAAUAUCCAUCUGAUAAUCAUUAAUAUUUAUAAUGACUUUGAGGAUAAUAAACUCUAGUGGACAUGAAUACAUUCCCUUAAUUAUAUUUUAUUAU